CCCAAGCUUCCAUCCGGCCGGCCGGACAUACACAUGUAUAUCGAUUCUCAUCUUCUAUAUAUCUAUGUAUAAUAUAUAUAUACAUAUAGAGAGAGAUAUAUACAUACAUGCACUUUGUUUUAAUUUUGAUCGAUUUCAAUAUAUACUACGUAGGGUACCGAGUAAUAAUUAAUUAAAUUGAAUAGAUCCAUCUGCGCGCAUCAUCAUGACUCUCUUCAGCUUCAGGAAGCUAUCCUACACCAAAUCAGCAGCAGCAGCAAGAAGAAAGGAUGAAGUGAAAGAAAGGGAAGCUGGCAGCUGCUUAAGGAACAAGUCAUCAAGCGUGAACCGCGAAUACAUGGAAGCUUUUAGAACCAAGUCUUACGUCGAAGUCCAAACACAGCUGCUAGCGGCCAAUACUACUUGCGGUGCUGCUGCGGCGGAGGAACACCGUCUACACACCACACCGUCACACCGCCGCCUCCAACUCUGCCACCUCUUAGCUGGCGCUGACGAUGAUCAGUUACAAUAUUAUUAUUCUUCCCAACCUCAUGACCACCACCCCCUCCUCAAUGAAUACUUCCUUGUCAGCCUCGAAGCCUCUAAAAUGUGUGAAUCCCUCCUCAAAAACGUCCUCCACACCAGAACCAACUAUGACAAGAACAUCAAAUGCGCUACCAAAGGAGUGGCGGGCGGGCGGGGGGUUUGGAGCGCCGAGCAGCUGCAACGCGCAUAUGCGCAGCUGCAGUCAUUCUCGGCGCUCAGGAACCCCCUCUCGACCGCCUCGCAGGUGCGGUUCAAUGAGGUGCAGGACGGCCACUUCGCCCUGCUACACCGCCUCACCUCACGCGCAAGAAAGCUAAAGAGGAAGAUGAAGCUGCUGAGGCUGUUACGCAAGGCGCUCGGGGCCACGCUCGCGGUGGGUUGCGCUGCCCUCGCUCUGGCCUUCACGCUUGUCGCGGUUCACUGUGCGGCCCUUUGCGUGCUGGCGAGUCCCGGGGUGGUCUCUUUAUUGUUGGGCGGCGUGCGGAAGCAGCAGCAGAAGGGGAAGAAGCAGCCGAGGCGGCUGCAGCGGCGGGAAAGGGUGUACUUGCAGCUGGACGCGGCGGCAAAGGGGGUAUACGUUCUGAUCAACGACUUUGGGACGAUGAGUAGGCUGGUGGGGAGGGUGCACGACGAGACGGAACACAACAGAGCGAUGGCGGGGCUGUGUGCGAGAAAGCAAAAUGAUGAGAUGGUGAAGGAGGUGGUGCGCGACUUGGCAGCACACGAAGCGGGCUUCUCCGACCACUUGAAGGAGCUGGAACAACACAUCUAUUUGUGCUUUCUCAACAUUAUUAGGUCUAGGAGGAUGGUUCUCCAACAAAUUAUCAACUCCGCCCUCUGAUCUCAUCCAAAAUUUAUUUCAUUCACAUACUAGUCUAUAUUUUUACCUAUACCUAGCAGCAUGUUCAAGUUUUGUAAUAUGUUUUGAUUUGUGAUGAGCAACACGGCAUGUACAUAUAGUAUAAUGUACGUAUAUAGCCAGGGGCGUAGUUAGGAUUGAAGGUUGCACUGGGCCGGUACAAAGAAUUUUUCAGAUAAUUUUUUUUGACAUAAAAUUAUAGACUAAAAAUACAAAGAAUUUUCAAAUUUGGGGCGGGCCGUGGCCCGGUUGGCCACCCCUCUAGCUCCGCCCCUGUAUAUAGCCAGCAUAGCUAGGUAACUAGUAAUAGUGUAGGGAUAGAGAUAAUUACACUAGGUGUUUAUGUAUUUCACAUUGUACUCUUUUAUUAUAAAUAUAUAUAGAGAUAAUUACCCUAGGUGUUGAAGCCCGACACCGUUAAAUUAAAAAGUAAUAGAGUGUUAUAUUAAGAUUUGAGCUACUCCUAACAUGAUUGAUCUUUUAGGAUGAAACUUCAGAUCUUAACAUCGUAUUGUUGUGUGUAUAAUUCAAGGUGUAAGUGUUGAUGACUUGAUGUA